AUGACUAUCUCCAAUCAUAAGAGCACUGAAGCUACUAUAAGAAAUUUGGAGAUGCACGUCGGCCAACUGGCCAAGAAGAUGGAAGAUAAUGCAAAAAAGCAAUUUGGGGCUAACACUAAGGUUAACCCUAAGGAAGAGUGUAAAGCUUUUGCGAACAUAGAUGAUGAGAGGGUGAAAGAGAGUAAAGAAAGAGUUGAGUUAGAGAAGAGAGAAUAUAGGCGUGAAAAAAUAGAUAAAGAGAGACAAUAUGAGCGUUUUAAGGAGAUCUUCAGGAAAUUGGAGAUUACUAUACCUUUGACCAAAGCACUGCAGCAAUUUCCUGCUUAUGCUAAGCACAUGAAGCAAUUCCUCACAAAAAAGAGAUAUUUAGAUGAGGAGACUAUGGAUGAACAGGGAGGUUGCGGUGUUAUUUUGGAGAAACCAUUUCCUCCAAAAGUGAAAGAUCCAGGAAGUUAUGCUAUUCCUUGCGUCAUCGGGAAGGUGAAUAUAAGGAAAGCCUUAAUUGAUUUAGGGUCAAGCAUUAAUUUGAUGCUCUUAUCUCUGCUCGAAAGGAUUGGUGAUCUUGAAGUCAAGCCAACAAAGGUGACUUUGCUUAUGGCAGAUGGGUCCUCCAAGAAACCCUAUGGUAUAGCGGAAGAUGUUGUG